UCCUCCUCCUCGCACUGCGCUGCCUGGUCCGGACACGCUCGCACUGCCGCCAAGAACCAGGAUGGGAACUCGGACCGGAUGACUUUUGUCUCACUUUCAGUUCAGCGCUGCAGGACUUGGAUGCUAAAUUGUUUUGGGAACUUUAGAGUAGGGCGUGAUUGAAGCUGCGCUUUGCUCAUAUUUGUGGAUUUUUAUUUUUAUUUUUACAUUUCCCCCCCAAAAAAUCUGGACUGUGCACCUUCUUCCUCUCCCUCAUCUUCAUCCAGCGUGCGAGGACCGUUGGCCGCAGGGAGAGCCGCCGCCGCCGCCCCUUACGCGCACACCGCCGAGGACCGCGGGCCUCCGGAGCCUCCAUAAAUGCUCGGCCCGUCGCAGAGGCUCCAGGCUGGGCGGCAAGAUGAGCUCCACCGUGCAGCUGCUGCUCGCGUUACUGGCGACGUGUGUGCGACUUGGCGCCGCCGAGGGGGAUCCGCUUCCUGCAGCCCUGGUGGAGCUGGUUAGACACAGUCCCAUCUCGUCCAUUGAGGACCUGCAGCUGCUUCUGCUCACUGAUUCCGUAGAUGAUGAGGGAAACUCGGCAGCAAAUGGAGGUCACAGACUACCAAGAAGCCUCGUUGCCCAGCCAGCUCAGCAAGCUGUGUGUAAAGUUCGCACUGAGGUGGUAGAAAUCACCAGGGCAAUGUUGGACCGUAGCAAUGCCAACUUCCUGCUAUGGCCGCCAUGUGUGGAGGUGCAGCGCUGCUCCGGCUGCUGCAACACCAAAAGCCUGCAUUGCGUCCCUGUUGUCACACACACCAGAUACCUGCAGGUCAUGAAGAUCGAGUACAUAAAUAAAAGACCUACUUACGCCAAAGCCGUGGUGUCGGUGAUCGACCACGUCGAGUGCCGAUGUCAGCCUGCUCCGCGACAGUCGGUGCUGAAGAGAAAGUCGUCUCGCCGCCAUCACAAGGACCAGCAUCGCAAUCAGACACUAAGCAGAGGACAUGAACAGGUGAAGGUGCACACCAAGGAUGAGCUGCAUCAGUGGGAUGAGCUGAAGCAGAACCAGGGUUCCCUCCUGGUGGACCUCCUGGAGCAACACUGGAGCCCCAGAGGAGACACUUUCACUCAGCCUGGAGAGGGCUACAGUAUCGCAGGAGAGGAAGCAUCUCGACCUGAGGAGGUUCUGUUUGGCCCACAAUGGACGCAUAACUCCACAGGGGUCAUUGCGACCAAUAAGGAGAUGACUUUAGGCAACAAGACUGGUUCUUCUGUUGGCUCGGAUAAGACACUGGGAGAUGGAAAGGGAUUGGGCAGUAAUGAGGGCACCACGGGUGAAGGUCCUCAAACGCACCGCCCGUCAUGGCAGGACGAACAAAACCCAUUCUUAAAACCUGUUACUCAGAAACCUCAAGUUUCCAAGUGGAGCCCUCAUGAGGAAACUGUGGCGAGGUUCGGGAGCAGGAUGAGACCCACCAAAGAGCCAAACCCGGAGCCUCGGGAAGCGACCAGGCAGAGAGACAACAAGACGCCGGAGGAAGUGAAAAUAUUGCAGAUGGCGGAGAAAAGCCUAAAGGAGGAGAGGAAGGAGCUGCUCCUCCUGCACAAAAGGUUGGACCAAGAGAAGGAGAUACUAAAACAGCAGCAAAAGAAACGAGGGGAGGAAGAACAACACGCCCGCAGUCGACAUCGGCAUCUGCAAACUACCAUGCCGUCGCCAGAGUCGACCCCAAUGGUCAUUAAGCAGCAUUCGUCAAGUCCAGCAGUGCCUGGACCUCCAGCGCAUCCCAAGAAAAGGAUGAGAAAGAAUCGCAAACGGAUAAGCAAGGCAGCUAUGAGAGCGAUGCUAAUGUAAAGGUUUUAGGAAUCCAGGUUCCAAUCUAUAAGAAGCCAUAACUCCACCUGGAUGGAAUGAGGGGGAGGAAGUGAAUUGGAUAUGAGUAUUUUUUCUUUUUAGCAUACGUUGCAAGCAAGCACCGAACGACUUUGAAAAAAAAGUGUGCUGAACCUCCUGCCUGUGUGCAAAACUAAAGAAAGCAGUGCAACUUCUCUACAUGGACCCUUUUUUUGAUGUCAUUGCACUUAAUGAAAAGGACUUGUACAUACUACUAAAUGCAGUUUUCUGGCCCUCUGUAGCGAUGGUAGGUGAGUUUGCUUUAUUAUAAGAGGGGCCGAGGCUGUGGAGCCAUUGAAAGUUGACUAAAGAUAUCAUUUAUUUACCAUUGAUGACUUUUAGUUGCCAUAUUUAAUUCCAUCUAACACGUUGAAAACACUGGAAUUAAACCGACAAGCCGGAGCAAAGGUGACCAUGUUAGACCCCUUUUCUUAUUUAUUGACUUCUACUACUACUAAGGGUUCUUCACCGAUACUGAAAACAAUGUAACAAUGUCUUGCUUUUUUUUUUUUUUUUUUUUUACAAAAAGGUCAGACACUCUGUGACCUUUCAGUGUCAUGUCUUGUUUGGUUCGCAGGCCAAGUGUGUGUUUUCUUUGUAUGUGUGUUCUUUUAUCAGCUGCCUUCUUAUUGCAAACGUUUAUGCUUGAACCAAUCACAUUCCGUUUUGACAAAAACCACAACAACCAACUGCUAUUUGUAUGUUUUGAGUGUGGUUGACCUCUCGUUUGUUAGAAAAGGAGUAGACGUCAGGUUGUUUUGUACGGUUCGUGUCUCCAUCAGUGAUGGCAGGAAGAAACGCACUGUUGUUCUUAUUCUGUGCUUAAACAAACACAACAUCUUAAGUUAUUGAAAAGCAUGUAUGUCCUUUAAUUUCGACUCACAACUGAUUUUGUCUCUUCUAUUAUGAGUUUGGAGAAAAACUAAUGCAUUUUCUUAUGAUAAAACAAGUGCCAAACAUA